AAAGUUUUGGACAUUUAGACAUUAAAGUCAUUAAAGGAGAGAAGCUGUAGUUAUCUUGGGAUCACUGUUCGGCUGCUGUUUAGCAGAAAAGCCGAAGAGGCGUUUGACGAACUUUAUCCGAGAAACAGAAAGGACACUUCUGGCGGCUGUCUUUCAUUUUCCCAAGUCGAAAUGAAAGCGGGAUCAAAGAUGGAAGAUGAAGAGGAAACCUGGUUGGAGGAAAUGCUGAUGUGCUCAGUGUGCCAGGACAUCUUAAAGGAUCCUCGGCUGCUGCCCUGUGGACACAGCCUGUGUAUGGACUGUUUGGAGAACCUGAAGAAUCAAGCCACAGAAAUGCAAUUCUUCUGCCCGGACUGUCGGACACAUUUUGAAGAGAGGGACGGACAUCGGCUACAGAAGAGCUACGCGUUGUCCAACAUCGCAGAUAACUUCAGAGUGAACAAGACCAGGAGGGAAAAGCAGACAAAAUGUGUGUACUGUGACUGCUGCCAGAGCAAAGAAACGCCGGCCAUUAAAACGUGUCUGAAGUGUGAGGUGUCACUGUGCAAAGAGCACAUCAGGGACCACCUGGAGCUGCCGGUGUUCACGGGACACCCCCUGGUCCAGCCUCUGGGUGACCUCCUGGACAGGAAGUGUUCGCAGCACAAGGACGAGGUUCUGAGGUAUUACUGCAGCUCGUCCAGACGCUACAUCUGCAACAUCUGCGCCCUGGAGACCAAGCAGCUCAACGUGGCCACUGAGGCGUCCACUGUCUUACGGAGGCAGCUGACUGAAUACAUGGACCAGAACUUCCAAAUACUCAGGCAGCAAAUCACAGAAUCUACAAACAGUCGACGAGAUAAACAGAAGGUAAAACCCGCCGACUCGUGCCUCAACGGCGUCACAGUGGUCCUGCUCUUUCUUUGGUUCAUCGUUCUGUAUUAUGCCUACAACUACUCUCUGGAAAACCAGAUGCUAACAGAAGCACUGGAGAAGCAGCAGAACCGCGUGCAUCACAUUUACUCCACCAUUGCAGAACGCUUGGUUGAUCAUCCAAUGAAAAGUUACAAACAUCCGGAAGCAGAAGAUGAAGGAAUCCUCAUGUUGGACAUGGACACCGUCAGUCAUUUACUUGGAGUCUCCGCUGACCACAAAACGGCAGAAAGAGUAAAAUCCAAACUGGAUUAUCCCAACAGCAACAACCGGUUUGAUGAGGCCCCGCAGGUCCUCUCCACCCAGUGCUUCUCCUCCGGCACUCACGUCUGGGAGGUGGAGGUUGAGGGCCACUGGGACGUCGCCGUGUCCUACAAGAGCAUCCAACGAAAGAGCAAAGACAGCAGCACCUUUGGAAACAACGCAGAGUCCUGGAGCCUUACGCACAGCGGCCAAGGUCAGCUGUUUGCCAGCCAUAAUAAUAGAAAAACCGCUCUGUCUGAAAGUUUGCAGAGCAGCCGAAUAGCUGUGGUGGUUAAUUUUGAGGAAGGCAGCAUCACAUUCAGUGCUGUGGAUUCCACCACCACACAGCUACACGAGUUCAAGACCGAACUGACUCAGCCAGUGUGUCUGGGGUUGGGACUUUAUCACGUGGAUGCACCCAGCAGGGCCUCUAUUGUCAAAGCUUCAUGAAUAAUCGUGCACAGUGUCACAUUAUCAAGACUGCAAUGAAGGAGAAAGUGUCCAAGAAUCAAGACCAAAGCCAAAAAAAACACCUCAGGAAGAUCAUUUGAUUUUGUCAAAUGGGUGUAUGUAUGACAACAUCAAUUGUGUUAGUAUUAAGGUAAUUUAUUACAAAGUGCAUAUCAGGCUGCUCCGAAAGAAUCCAAAAUAAGGCUUUUGUUUUAGAAAAGUGAAGCAUUCGGAAAAAUGUUUGCCUCUUUGGUUAUGUAAGCUUUCAAAUGUAUGCUUUCAAAAUCCAAUUCACGCUUCCUGUUCCUACGAUCCUGCAGAGUCUUGCUACCAUUAGCCACCAUGACCUACUAGUCAUACCAUCAUACCAGACCCAGUAAGACUGUAGUGGCAAUAAUAAGUCACAAUAAAAAAACUGAAUGUACUGAA